AUGCCGGUUAUUGUGAAUGGAGCCAGUCGGUACAUGGGCCACGCGACAGGACUUCCGUUUCCCAAAUCGUCGAGGCUCGAUGAGCAUUCUACCUUGACAUCUGUGGACGAUCUUGUAGCGGGGGUGGGUGCGACCUUGCUUGAAGAUAGGACACCUAGUCUUGUUGUUAAUGGGAGCGCCCAUCUUCUUCCAAACAAGCUGAGAGUCUCGGUCGGGGACUCGAGUCCUGGCGAAUCGCAUAAAGCGGAUUCCACCUCGGAUCUGUGUACCAAACCGCCAAGCCUGGAUGGCAAGAGUAUAACCUCUGGUACGACCUUUGCUCUCGAUGAGAAGGAAUCCUUACGACCUGACGAUAGCGCUAGCGUCAAGGCGGCUGCUGUUGAUGACGAUGACGCGUUUUCUAUCCGGGGCUCUCUUCUGGCGAGUUCUCGGAUUGGCUCAGAUAUUGCCGUUCGCCGUAUUCAAGCUGAGGAAAACGUCGAUAGGCGUAUCGCUCAGCAUAAUGCUGGGGGACAACCGGAUGCGCCUGACGAGAAACUUCUUGAGGCUAUGCAAUCUCCUAAGGACCGAAUAUUUCUGCUGCGACUUGAAAAGGACGUCAUUGACUUUGUUCGAGAUUCCAAGAUGACGAGAGAAGAGCGCGAGGAGGCAUACAACCGCGCAAGGGAGCGCAUAUUUGGCAAUUCUGAGAAGAUUGGAGAGGUGACCCAAGAAAACGACAAUGGCGUGUCGCGGGCGACCAUGGUUAUGGACCUCCUAUGGCAGUUCCCGGCUUUCCUCCUGCUUAUCCCAACGCAGCACCCGUACGUCAACUGCAAUAUGCCGCCUACGGCAAACGGUUUUACUAAUGGAAACAUAGUAUCCUCCCUGAAUCAACCUCGUUAUCCCGGCUCUGUUCACGGCACUGUUCCUGCAGGUGCAUAUGGUACCGCCGCGCCUCCUGUCUCAUCGUCUUCUCAAAGCUGGCCAGCCGCUGCUUUCAACUCACCACCUAGCCAAUACCCCCUACGAACUCAUGGUCCCAGCCCAGGGCCUUUGCCAGGGCUUAUGCCAGCGCCUACGAAUGUCCCUUAUCUUUAUGGUCAGCUUCCCGCCAAUGCGAAUCCUAAUGAUCCCAAGAGCCAGCAUCCCAUUCCUGGAAGCUACAAUCGACACGCCUUUAACCCCAAGACCCAAUCCUUUGUGCCGAAUAGUGGUCUCUCGCCAAUGCAGGGACAUGCGCCAUCAUACGUGUCUAGCGGAUCCCAUCACGGUAGUCCGCAAAUCGGCUCUCCGCACCUGGCAUAUGCCCCUUGCCCUACCAAAUUCCAGUCGCUACGUCAGCUCAGAAUCACCCUCAACCCUUCAGUGGUGGCUAUAGUAUGGCACGCCAAGGUUCCUCGAACUCAAUGA